CGGAAGUUAAGGAGGGGAGGGGGUGGAGGGAAAAGCGAGCCAGGAGGUGCUUGCGGCCGCUUCUAGUAGUUUCCAGGCGCUGCCGGGCGGCUGGCACUAAGCUGUCCUGAGGUUGUGGCUGCGGCUGCUCCGGAGCUGGUGGCGCCGCUAUAGGAGAGUCGAUGGCCAAGUGGGGUGAGGGAGACCCACGCUGGAUCGUGGAGGAGCGGGCGGACGCCACCAACGUCAACAACUGGCACUGGACGGAGAGAGAUGCUUCAAAUUGGUCCACGGAAAAGCUGAAAACGCUGUUCCUGGCAGUGCAGGUUCAAAAUGAGGAAGGCAAGUGUGAGGUGAUAGAAGUGAGCAAGCUUGAUGGAGAGGCAUCCAUUAACAAUCGCAAAGGCAAACUUAUCUUCUUUUAUGAAUGGAGCAUCAAACUAAACUGGACAGGUACUUCUAAGUCAGGAGUACAGUACAAAGGACAUGUGGAGAUCCCCAAUUUGUCUGAUGAAAACAGCGUGGAUGAAGUGGAGAUUAGUGUGAGCCUUGCCAAAGAUGAGCCUGACACAAAUCUCGUGGCCUUAAUGAAGGAAGAAGGGGUGAAACUUCUAAGAGAAGCAAUGGGAAUUUACAUCAGCACUCUCAAAACAGAGUUUACCCAGGGCAUGAUCUUACCUACAAUGAAUGGAGAGUCAGUAGACCCACUGGGGCAGCCAGCACUGAAAACUGAGGAGCGCAAGGUAAAUGGUUUUCCCUGGGAUGGGAGACUGUCUGCAAAGGAACUUGAGAGAUUGCCUCCUUUUUCAUUCCACAUACCAGCUCUCUGCCUUUCCCCAGGGCACUUUGCCACCAUCACCUUGACAUUCAUCGACAAGAAUGGAGAGACUGAGCUGUGCAUGGAAGGUCGAGGCAUCCCUGCUCCUGAGGAAGAGCGGACGCGGCAGGGCUGGCAGCGGUACUACUUUGAGGGCAUUAAACAGACCUUUGGCUAUGGCGCACGCUUAUUUUAGGGCCAGCGGCAGGGGACUCUAGCCUGCCGGACACUUCAGUCCAGCCCUCUCCUGACUGGGGCUUGCGACUCACAGGAUUGCAUCGUCCUAGCCGCUAACUUGGGGCCGGGACCCCUCCCCUCCACAUAUACCUUGGGUUUGUGCAUGUUUUCUGCUGGGUGGGUUCAGAGGGUAAUUUCUCUUUUAUGUGUACAUAUGCUAAAUAAACGUAAUUUAAAAAACA